GAGUGAGAGGCGACAGUCACGACGACUGCAGCAGCUGGUUAAAGUGAUAUAAUCUUGUGUUAUGAAAUUUAAGUUUUCCGGGAAACAUCAGGGGAUUAUGGAACCACAACAUAGAAGGUCAUUGCGCUUUUUCGAUCAGUUUUGCGCUCAUUCUUAGUAAUUGUUUUAAUUUCCAAAGCCACUUGAAAUGAAGAAUACUUGUGAUUUAACAAAAUUAACAAUGUAUUUGUGUUGAUCCAUGGAUUUACACUUAUCUGGUAUGGAGGAACUGGGUCAUCAACAUGAGUUUUGAUACUGCUAAUGAUGCCAACUUCUGGAGUAACGGGUCCUCUGAGCUGUACGCAGAGACACCAGGACCGUUGUCUGCAAAUAAUUCAAAUUUGACCACAGCGAAUUACACAGACACGAAUCCUCUGGACCUUACCCGAGCCGUGUCAGUUGGUAUGGUUCUGGGCGCUUUCAUUUUGUUCGCAAUCGUGGGCAACAUACUCGUAAUACUUUCCGUUGUGUGCAACAGACACCUGCGUAUCCCAACGAACUAUUUCAUUAUCAACCUAGCAAUUGCAGACCUGUUACUGGGUACCACAGUUCUGCCCGUGUCCGCAACACUGGAGAUUCUCGACUACUGGGUAUUCGGGAGGAUCUUCUGUGACAUCUGGGCAGCAGUGGACGUGUUAUGUUGCACGGCCUCCAUCAUGAGCCUGUGCGUAAUAUCCAUAGACCGUUAUAUAGGCGUGCGCUACCCACUGCAGUACCCCUGUAUAGUAACGGAGAAAAGAGCCAUUUUGGCCAUGCUCGGUGUGUGGGUUCUCGCCACUGUCAUCUCCAUCGGACCUCUGCUCGGGUGGAAACAACCACCCUCAAAUGAUGACACCGUUUGCCCCAUCACCGAAGAGCCCUUUUACGCACUCUUCUCCUCCCUGGGUUCAUUUUACAUACCUCUGGCUGUCAUCCUGUGCAUGUACUGCCAGGUUUAUGUAGUUGCCAAACGGACCACUAAGAACUUGGAGGCGGGGGUCAUGAAAGAACGCAUGGACUCGAAUGAGCUCACGCUCAGGAUCCACUGCAAAAACGCACAGCUGCAAGAAUACUGCGUCACGGGCAAAGGCCAGGCGCGGAGCACACUAACGGUGAAACUGCUCAAGUUCUCCCGAGAGAAGAAAGCUGCUAAAACUCUGGGUGUGGUGGUAGGCAUGUUUAUUCUCUGCUGGCUGCCAUUCUUCCUCGUGCUGCCCAUCGGGUCGUUCAACGCCAACCUGCGUCCCUCGGAGACGUUCUUCAAGGUGAUCUUCUGGCUGGGCUACUUCAACAGCUGCCUGAACCCCAUCAUCUACCCCUGCUACAGCCGAGAGUUCAAGCAGGCCUUUAUACGUAUCCUUAAGUGCCGCUGCCAUCAGAAGAAGAAGCAGAAAGGUUGGAAUGCCUACUACAACCAACGUUCCUCUCGCCUGGGCUCCACCAAUACCUCCUACCUGAACGGAAGUCAGCAGACCCUGUCCUCCGUCAACCCCAGCCCUCACUGUGUCAGCAAAGUGACUGGCUCUCGCCUAGAGCCUGGGUUUGACCUCAACUCCCCAUCCCCCUGCACGUCUCUGCCCGGGAGCCCUUUCACUGGCCAGAUGAGAGCCCUCCCUGGGGCUGUCUACCAGAGCACCAGCAGAAAUAACAGAGUCCACCUGGUCUCUCCCCUGGCCAGGGAGUCAGUUCAUGCCAAUGGACAGAGUAGGAAUGGAGAGGUGGAGCAUGGAUCAAUCAGGGCAACACCUGACACAAUUAUGUAAUGACUGUGUGGGGCACCAGUCAUAAGCCUGGACAAUAUCACAUUUACAUUACAUUUAAGUCAUUUAGCAGACGCUCUUAUCCAGAGCGACUUACAGAUUGGUGCUUUCACCUUAUGACAUCCAGUGGAACAGCCACUUUAUAUCGUUUAAUAGUCUGUACUAAUGCUGGCAUGAUAAAUUUUUUAGAGACACUAUACAUUGGAUCAUUGUAAAUGUCUAAAUGCAAUAUGGACAGCAGCCUAACUACUGUAGCAGUAUGGAUUGAAGAUGUCCACAUCACAAUGUUUUUCCCUGAGUAUUUAUUACUAAGAAUCUGGUUGCUUCUAGUUCCAUGUCCUCCAAAUGUCAUCGUCAAUAGGUCUUUUGGACAAUUUUAGACAGAACACUGAGGUUCUCUGCUACUGCACAAAACAUUUGCAGAACAAUGUGUGCAGCUCUGGCACAUACUAACUAGACCCUUGAAAGACUCCAUGAAAAAGGGACCAACUGUACCCACGUUUUGACUUGGGUUGCACUGCUCUGCAUUUGUAACAGAUAUACAUACAGUUGAAGUCGGAGGUUUACAUACACCGUAGCCAAAUACAUUUCAGUUUUUCACAUUUCCUGACAUUUAAUCUUAGUAAAAAUUCCCUGUCUUAAGUCAGUUAGGAUAAUCACUUUAUUUUAAGAAUGUGAAAUGUCAGAAUAAUAGUAGAGAGAAUGAUUUAUUUCAGCUUUUAUUUCUUUCAUGACAUUCCCAGUGGGUCAGAAGUUUAAAUACACUCAAUUAGUAUUUGGUAGCAUUGCCUUUAAAUUGUUUAACUUGGGUAAAACAUUUCGGGUAGCCUUCCGCAAGCUUCCCACAGUAAGUUGGGUGAAUUUUGGCCCAUUCAUCCUGACAGAGCUGGUGUAACUGAGUCAGGUCUGUAGGCCUCCUUGCUCGCACAUGCUUUUUCGGUUCUGCACACAAAAUGUCUAUAGGAUUGAGGUCAGGGCUUUGUGAUGGCCACUCCAAUACCUUGACUUUGUUGUCCUUAAGCCAUUUUGCCACAACAUUGUAAGGAUGCUUGGGGUCAUUGUCCAUUUGGAAGACCCAUUUACGACCAAGCUUUAACUUCCUGACAGAUGUCUUGAGAUGUUGCUUCAAUAUAUCCACAUAAUUUUAUUUCCCCAUGAUGCCAUCUAUUUUGUGAAGUGCACCAGUCCCUCCUGCAGCAAAGCAUCCCCACAACAUGAUGCUGCCACCCCCGUGCUUCAUGGUUGGGAUGGUGUUCUUCGGCUUGCAAGCCUCCCCCUUUUUCCUCCAAACAUAACGAUGGUCAUUAUGGCCAAACAGUUCUAUUUUUGUUUCAUCAGACCAGAGAACAUUUCUCCAAAAAGUAUGAUCUUUGUCCCCAUGUGCAGUUGCAAACCGUAGUCUGGCUUUUUCCAUGGCAGUUUUGGAGCAGUGGCUUCUUCCUUGCUGAGUGGCCUUUCAGGUUAUGUCGAUAUAGGACUAGUUUUACUGUGGAUAUAGACAAUUUUGUACCUGUUUCCUCCAGCAUCUUCACAAGGUCCUUUGCUGUUGUUCUGGGAUUGAUUUGCACUUUCGCACCAAAGUACGUUCAUCUCUAGGAGACAGAACGCGUCUCCUUCCUGAGCGGUAUGAUGGCUGCGUGGUCCCAUAGUGUUGAUACUUGCAUACUAUUGUUUGUACAGAUGAAUGUGGUACCUUCAGGCAUUUGGAAAUUGCUCCCAAGGAUGAACCAGACUUAUGGAGGUCUAAAAAAAUAAUUCUGGGGUCUUGGCUGAUUUAAUUUGAUUUUCCUAUGAUGUCAAGCAAAGAGGCACUGACUUUGAAGGUAGGCCUUGAAAUACAUCCACAGGUACACCUCCAAUUGACUCAAAUGAUGUCAAUUAGCCUAUCAGAAUCUUCUAAAGGUAUGACAUCAUUUUCUGGAAUUUUCCAAGCUGUUUAAAGGCACAGUCAACUUAGUGUAUGUAAACUUCUGACCCACUGGAAUUGUGAUAUAGUGAAUUAUGAAAUAAUCUGUCUGUAAAAGUGAAAUAAUCUGUCCGUAAACAAUUGUUGGAAAAAUUACUUGUGUCAUGCACACAGUAGAUGUCCUAACCGACUUGCCAAAACUAUAUUUUGUUAACAAGAAAUUUGUGGAGUGGCUGAAAAAUGAGUUUUAAUGACUCCAACUUAAGUGUAUGUAAACCUCCGACUUCAACUGUAUAUAUAUAUUUUUUUUAAAGGCAUGUCUCUACAAAUGUUUUUAGGGUGAAGAAAGUUUCCUCGUAGUCAUAAUGAAUUUGCUCUAUUUGUAUGUUUGGUGAAAGUCAUGGCAUUGUGUUGAGAUCAUUCAGGUUCAUUAUUGACAUGAAUCCCAGUGUGCAUUUGGGUUUGUUCUCUCAAUUUAAGAAUCUAUUUGGAGCAUUCCAUAACAACCACUGUGUAAUGUAAUAUUGAAAAUGCAUUUUUAGGUAUUAGUAUCGCAUGUGGUGUAUCUUGAUAUACAGUGUCUUAUAGCAGCGUUUGGGAUUGAUGUUUAUUUAUUACAAUUUAGGUGGUGAUGGAGAUGUUAUUUUAUGUGAAGGGGAAUGUACUUUUAAUCUCAAACAAUUUAGAAGGACAAUGCAGUAACAACAUAACUAUGUUGACAAAUAAAAUCGAUCUUAAAGAUGCUCAGUGGCUGUUCAGAUGGAUCUACAGUACAUGGAUCUACAGUACAUGGAUCUACAGUACAUAGAUCUACAGUACAUGGAUCUACAGAACAUGGAUCUACAGUACAUGGAUCUACAGUACAUAGAUCUACAGUACAUGGAUCUACAGUACAUAGAUCUACAGCACAUGGAUCUACAGUACAUAGAUCUACAGUACAUAGAUCUACAGUACAUAGAUCUACAGCACAUGGAUCUACAGUACAUAGAUCUACAGUACAUAGAUCUACAGUACAUGGAUCUACAGUAUAUUUAAGGAUAUUGUCAACUCAAAUGCCCUAAUUACUCUCUUGAAAAUAUGUAGUCAUAUUAAAAUGUAUCAAUCUUAAUUCAGACCAAGUAUUAUUUUUUAAAGAUUACUUAUCCCACUAUGGUGACUCUAACCAAAUGAAGGGGAACGGAAACGUAUAUUUACUAUUUCAUUACACACACAGCCACACACACACACUCUCACACACACACACACACACAGACACACACAGCCACGCACGCACGCACGCACGCACGCACGCACGCACGCACGCACGCACGCACGCACACACACACACGCACACACACACACACACACACACACACAGCCACACACGCACACACACACACAGCCACGCACGCAAGCACGCACGCACGCGCACACACACACACACACACACACACACACACACACACACACCCUCCCUGGUGCACCCCAUAACUCGGCCCACUCACUAUACAUUCUUUCAAGACACAGAUAAGACAGCACAGAGGUGAAAUGUGUCAAAAGAAAUGGCGUAGUUGUACAUAAUGUUCUUUUGUAAAUGGUUUUGAGUGCAGAGGUUAAAUAAACUUGAUUUAUAAAUGUU